UCCAUUUGCAGUCAUUCCACAUAGAUGAUAGAGGCACAGGGCAUCGUAUAAUAAACAGUAGUUUAAUUUGUUUUGUAUAAUAUAGGUACAAAGUUGUACUUGUAUACCCAAACCACGUUAUUUGUUAAAUGGUUAUUUAAUUUUAAGAAGUCCAUAACAUUUUUGGUGGCAGCAGUGAGUGGUGGGAUAAAGUAUCUACGCAUGUGUUUUAUACAUUAAAAAAUGGCCGGAUUAUAUGACGAUCACUUGACCGACGCGAUGGGCGCAGUUUCCGUCAACGAUGAUGAAAUUGUUUUGGAUGACAACAUUCGGACACAGCUAACCGAAAUCGAAAAUAAUUAUGAGAGCAUUUUCUCGUGGGACCUCCAACGAUUUACAGGAGUCAAUAAAAAUCUUCUGUUGAACCUCAUUGAUAAAGUUCGGGGACAGAAACAAAUGACCAUAGACAUGGCCACUAAGGUCGACGAAUUCAAUCAAGCUAGAUUUUAUUUACAAUUGGUAGCUAGCUAUGAACUAUACAAUAAAAAACGUUAUAAGGAAUCAUAUUUGGAAAUUGAAAGCGUUGUUCAAUUUCUGGAGACGUGUAAAUUUGACGAGUCAAACGAACAGUACGCUGACGCUUACAAUCAUAUUGCUCGGGCCUCCAAUGCAUAUAUUGCAUUAACAUUGAAAAUUGAUUCAGAAAAAUUACUGAAAGAUGUUAAACAUGUCAACAAUUUUAAUCAAGCUGAAAAAUCUGCGAUUUGUGCGGUAAAAGCCAGCAUUUUUAUGGUGUAUCCCUCAAAAGGAAAUGUCAUUGCUUUAAAUUUUGCUAAUCAAGCCCGCGCCCUUCAUCCUACUGAACCUGAAUGGAUAAUUGUUUGGCUAAAAGCCAAAGGACGAGUAAGACGUUCUUACGAAUCACAUAAAAUGCCAGGGGAUGAUGAAAUAGAUGCUGCAGAAAUUUUAUGCUCAAUGAAAAGGAAUCCUAGUCAUUUAAUUAGAGCUUCUCAACUUUAUAAGGAAGCAGGAUAUAUUAAUAAAUUGAAAAACAACCAUAAUGAAUCGACUAAAUUUUUUAAGCUUUCGUCUGAUGUCGCUAAAAUAUCAAUUGAACUGGUCAACGAUGAUGUAAAUCAACUAAAUUCUAUUCUACUAACAUGUAUCGAAUGUCCUAAUGAGUGUUUUUCAACAUCCAUGAUAGAAAAUUUAGUUACAAAACUGUCGAGUGUAAAAAAUAGUUGCGUGGAUCAUGUUUUAGGCCUUUAUUAUUUAAAAUACGAAAAGGACUAUGUAAAAGCAAAAAUGUAUUUCUCUCGUGGAAUGGCUGCUGGCCAGUUUAGUAGUUCGUUGCAGUUAAUUAAAGUAGAGUGCCUGUUGCAACCAGUUAACCAAUUUCCUUUUGUGAAAACACUAAAUAUGAUGUAUGAGGUUUUUCAAAACCCAAAUAGAAGGCUUAUAAUAAUUUCACAAAUAUUGUUAUAUUACACAAUAAUAGAAAAUAAUCCUAAACAAAUAUUGUGGUAUCUAAAAUUGUACCUUGAUGAAGACAUUGAAGAUACAUUUAAAAAGCGUAAUUUAAUUUUUACUCGUCCACUGUUUAAUACAGACAGAUAUUUCAGACCAAAUGAAUUUCUGAAUGAACUAUCUGUAAAUCUUAAAAAAAUAAUGAACAAUAAUGACCUGAGUAAAGAAGAAAAAAACACAUUUGAUCGGUUCAAUAAGAUAUUAAAAUUGAAUAUUGAUGACAAUCAUUUUAAUGAUAAUAAAACCUUUGUUCCUAAAAACAAUGAUUCUUGGCGAAAAAAACGAGUUGAUUUGUCAGAAAAAAAGUGUAAUGAAAGUCAUCAACAGAAAAAUGAGUCUUGGAGAAGAAAGAGAGACCCAAAGCCAUGAAUAAUAUGACAAUCAUUUAGGUAUCUGAUGGGUGAUAUAAAAAGAUAAUUUUUAGGAUUAAUUAAAAUGGGAUUCUUCACUAAAAUAUUAAAAUUUGCAUAAAAUGGUUUAUAUUUUACAAGACUAUUUACCUAUUGUAUCUACUAUGCUUUGUUUAAAAUUAUAAAAUAUAAAUACAAGGUUUCGAAUGCAUUUGUCAUUGCUGUAAUUAGUGGUUACAAAAGGAUACAUUAUAGAAUUAAAUAAGUAUAGAAUAGUACAAUACAAAAUUAAAAGCGAAUAGAUAUUUACAUUUUGAUUUUGUUCUGUAUAAAUACAAUCGGUGUCUUUGCAGAUGAAUUUCAGUAGGAUUUUUAUAAAUUAUCAAUAUAGAUAAAGGAAUUGACUAAU